GGAGCAGCAGCAGCGCCAGCAGCAGCAGCACCGACGCCGCCGAUGCCGCGAUGGAAGCAGGCCGGCGCUGACUGAGGCCGGAGGGCGGAGUAACGGACUGCCUCCCCCAGCCCGCCCCCUGCGGACACCUCGAUGGGGGCGCAACAGCCCGCGGGGAAAAAAAGGGGGGAAAUAUUGAGGUUUUGGUGAGGCCAACCAGCUGUGCCAGCAACCGGGGGAACUCUGGACUGACUUCAUGGCCUGCAUUGUGCUCUGUUAAUAUUCCAGCCUCUUUGCAUACCAUUUGGGGAAGCUCUUCUCUGAACUUUGCUCCUCUCUCAUUAGGCAGCUGCUGCUGAGCAAAAAGUGAGAUGGCGAGACGUCAGUGACUCCAGUGCACAGCAGUCUGCUCUACCAGCCUGCCCCGAGAAUAGCACUGUCACUUUAAUAAUUCCAUGUCGAGGGAUUGUUUUCAAUCCUCUUGGGCUUAAUACAAGUAAGGAUCAGAGGGACAUUAAAGGCCAGAAGGCAAGGUGGAGAAAAUAAAAAUGAAAGUGACUGCUGUUCGAGUAACCAAGUGAAACUGGGGCUUUUUCCUCCCCAGUAUGCCGAAGACCAUCGUGUGCACACAGUGCUAUAUCUAACUGGCCAAAGUCAGCUGUGAAUGGUGCAAAGUCCCUCUGAACUGCUCCUGUCUUCCUCAGAAAUUUAUUUGGAUUAUUUGAGAACUGGUUUGACGCUUAGGUGGUGUCGGAAUGUGCUGAAGUGGAUUAUUAGGACUGCCAAGACUUGGACUGUGCCUUAAUUGUAUUUCCUACGUUCACUUAACUUCUACAAAAGCAAAACAAAAAGCCCUUGGCUGUCACAAGAGGGAUUCUUAUACAAUUUUGUAGGAUGACGGGUGUUUUCUCUUGUAUAUUUUUUAUAGACCGGGAAAUAUUUUACAGAUUUUGACAACUGCUUUGGCAAAAAUUCUCUCUAUUUUUUUUCCCUCCCUCCCCUUGGUAUUCCAUUGGGUGGUGUUGGAAGUUUUUAAUUGGAGAAAACUGUGAGCGCCACUGUGGAAAACGAAGGCGUAGAUUCCUGUUUUUAAGCUGAACUGUGUUAAGUGUUUUGAAUCGGAUGGCAGAUUUCUGACCUCACAAGACAAUCCCAGCGGGACUCUGUGUUGAUACCGGUAAAUAAGCGCUUGCAUCCAGUGCCAGAAAUAACUGCGAGAAUGCCAGUCAAGAAGAAAGACACCGAUAGAGCUUUAGCGCUUCUGGAAGAUUAUUGUAAGAAGCUGAAAAAGCCAGAGGAGCAACAGUUGAAAAAGGCUAUUAAGAAGGUGAUGGGCAUCUUUAAAAGCAGUUUAUUCCAGGCACUCCUAGACAUCCAAGAAUUUUAUGAAGUGACGCUGCUAAACUCCCAGAAAAGUUGCCAGGAAAAGAUUGAAGAGGCAAACCAAGUUGCAGAAAAAUGGGAGAAGACGCAUUCUCUGGUAACCGACGACGAAAGUCAGAACAAAACCCCAGAGCAGAGCCACACCAGGUGCCCGGCCCACAAGUGUUCUGUCGAAUCGCCUGGCUGGAUACCGAUUCAGCACUCUACUAAGUAUCGCUACCAAGAUGAGGAUGCCCCACACGAUCAUACUUUACCUCGUUUAACUCACGAAGUGAGAGGGCCAGAGCUAGUUCACAUUUCUGAAAAGAAUUUAUCGCAGAUAGAAAAUGUCCACGGAUACGUCCUGCAGUCGCACAUCUCCCCUUUGAAGGCCAGCCCUGCCCCUAUAAUCGUCAACACAGAUACGUUGGACACCAUUCCCUAUGUCAAUGGAACAGAGAUUGAAUAUGAAUUUGAAGAAAUUACAUUGGAAAGGGGUAAUUCUGGCCUGGGUUUCAGUAUUGCUGGUGGAACAGAUAACCCACACAUCGGGGAUGACCCUGGAAUAUUUAUUACUAAGAUUAUACCAGGAGGAGCUGCAGCAGAGGAUGGCCGACUCAGAGUCAACGACUGUAUCCUGAGAGUGAACGAGGCCGACGUAUCGGAGGUUUCUCACAGCAAAGCCGUUGAGGCACUCAAGGAAGCUGGUUCCAUAGUGCGGCUGUAUGUCCGCCGAAGGAGACCUAUUCUGGAGACUGUGGUUGAAAUCAAACUGUUCAAAGGACCGAAAGGUCUGGGGUUCAGCAUUGCCGGAGGUGUGGGGAAUCAGCACAUCCCUGGAGACAACAGUAUCUACGUUACUAAAAUUAUCGAUGGAGGGGCAGCGCAGAAGGACGGGCGGCUGCAAGUUGGAGACAGGCUCCUUAUGGUAAAUAAUUACAGUUUAGAAGAAGUAACGCAUGAAGAAGCAGUAGCAAUAUUGAAGAAUACGUCCGACGUAGUUUAUUUAAAAGUGGGGAAGCCGACCACCAUUUACAUGACUGAUCCUUAUGGCCCACCAGAUAUUACUCAUCCGUAUUCCCCGCCUAUGGAAAACCAUAUACUGUCUUCAGGCAACAACGGCACUUUAGAAUACAAGGCAUCUUUGGCUCCCAUCUCGCCAGGAAGAUAUUCGCCUAUCCCAAAGCACAUGCUAGUGGAGGAUGACUAUACCAGGCCUCCUGAACCCGUUUACAGCACUGUGAACAAAUUCUGUGAUAAACCACCUUCUCCUAGGCACUAUUCCCCUGUCGAGUGUGACAAAGGUUUCCUCCUUUCAGCUCCCUAUCCCCACUACCACAUAGGCCUGCUCCCUGACACUGAGAUCAUCAGUCAUUCCCAGCACAGCACAGUAACAAGGCCACCCACAGUGAGCAUACAACGGAGUAUUUCUAUAGAAGGAGAGCCUCGAAAAGUCGUUCUGCACAAGGGCUCGACAGGGCUUGGUUUUAACAUCGUAGGAGGCGAAGACGGUGAAGGCAUUUUUGUAUCCUUCAUCCUAGCGGGCGGACCAGCCGACCUCAGUGGAGAGCUGCAAAGAGGAGAUCAAAUUCUAUCUGUAAAUGGGAUAGAUCUUCGUGGUGCUACCCAUGAACAGGCCGCUGCGGCACUCAAAGGAGCAGGCCAGACUGUAACAAUUAUAGCACAAUACCAGCCAGAAGAGUACGCUCGAUUUGAGGCCAAAAUCCAUGACCUGCGUGAACAGAUGAUGAAUCACAGCAUGAGUUCUGGGUCAGGCUCUCUGCGAACCAAUCAGAAGCGCUCCCUCUAUGUCAGAGCCAUGUUUGACUAUGACAAAGGCAAGGACAGCGGCCUCCCUAGCCAAGGACUCAGCUUCAAGUAUGGAGACAUCCUGCAUGUGAUCAACGCAUCCGAUGAUGAAUGGUGGCAGGCGAGAAGGGUGAUGCUGGAGGGAGACAGUGAAGAGAUGGGAGUUAUACCCAGCAAAAGGAGGGUUGAAAGGAAAGAGAGAGCGCGUUUAAAGACAGUGAAAUUUAACUCAAAACCUGGUGUGAUCGAUGCAAAAGGGUCAUUCAAUGACAAGCGUAAAAAGAACUUCAUCUUUUCACGAAAAUUCCCAUUCUACAAGAACAAGGAGCUGAGUGAGCAGGACACGAGUGACCCGGAACAACAUGUUUCUUCUAAUGCCAGCGAUAGCGAAAGUAGCUACAGAGGACAAGAGGACUGCAUUCUCUCCUAUGAACCCGUAACGAGGCAGGAAAUUAAUUACACCAGACCGGUUAUUAUCCUCGGUCCAAUGAAAGAUCGGAUCAACGAUGAUUUGAUAUCUGAAUUUCCCGACAAAUUUGGCUCCUGCGUACCACAUACAACUCGGCCCAAGCGUGAUUAUGAAGUAGAUGGCAGAGAUUACCAUUUUGUCAUCUCCAGAGAACAAAUGGAAAAGGACAUACAAGAGCACAAAUUCAUAGAGGCCGGACAGUAUAAUGACAAUCUGUAUGGAACUAGCGUCCAAUCUGUGAGAUUUGUGGCAGAACGGGGCAAGCACUGUAUACUCGAUGUAUCAGGAAAUGCCAUUAAGAGACUACAAGCUGCCCAACUCUACCCCAUUGCUAUCUUCAUUAAGCCUAAGUCGUGGGAGCCAUUGAUGGAAAUGAAUAAACGCUUCACGGAGGACCAAGCCAAAAAAACGUACGAACGGGCAAUGAAGUUAGAACAAGAAUUUGGAGAAUAUUUUACAGCUAUUGUCCAAGGAGAAACCUUAGAAGAUAUAUAUAACCAAUGCAAGCUUGUAAUUGAAGAGCAGUCUGGGCCUUUCAUCUGGAUUCCUUCCAAGGAAAAGCUAUAAAUUAGUCAACUCACCUCCGAUCAUGGCAGAAGAGUAUUUAGAAGAAAACGUAAUCCUAUCUUAUUUGGACGCUUUGGGGGAGGGGGUGAUUUUUGGGGAG